GGCGGAGCUACGUGGGGCGGGGGCGCCUGAUGUGAGGCGAGGGGGCUCCGGUUCCGGGAAGGGCAGCGGGGCAGCCGGGCAGUAUUGAAUGGGCGGCCCUUGAAUUGACGCGCAGCUGGCGGCGCUUUGCAGAAUCGGGCUUCCCUUUAGUCUCGCGCCCUCCCUCCUGGCGGCCAGUAGAAAUAUUGGCCGGUGAGGGACAUCGGUUUAUUUUCCACAUGUCCGAAGCUCUGGGGCUGGCAGCAGCCAAAGCUGGCUGCGUGAUCUCCGUGUCCCACGCGCAGGUUGCCAGCGGACCCUGGAGCGGCAGCGGCGUCCUCUUGAGCCGAGACCCGGGCGUUGUUCUCUGCCAUGGGAUCAUCUUUUCCCCUUUCCUCCUGGAGUCGGAGCGCCCAGACUGGCCUGGGAGCGAAGUGCUGCUGGCCGAUCGCUUCUGCCCAGGCCUCCAGAUCCGGGUGCUUAGGACCCGUGGGUGCGGCAGCAGAGCUAACCGUGGAGACGUGGGGGGGGAUAACGCAGCGCUGAGGCUCAACCCACUUUCAGAUCGGCACCCGUCCCCCCACGGCUCGAGAGACUGCGACGCCGAGCUCCUGAUGGUGGUCCCCUGUCCGCAGUUCCAGGAGGCCUUCUCCAAGAUCUUCAGUGCUUCAGAUCAAUGGCACUUUGGAGGAAAUGACUUGGAGCAGGAAGCCAACCCUUUUGAGCACGACUUGCGUUUCCUGCAUUGGUUUGCUCUGCUGAGAAUCCUGGAUCCUGACUGCUGUGGGACAAGUUGGGUGAACUGUAUUCCGGCCAGAUCCCUCAGGAAGGGUGAUACUGUCUUUACGUGUGGCUCUCCUUUCGGGUCAUUUUGCCCAGACAUUUUCAUGAAUACCCUCAGUAAAGGGAUAGUCAGCAACAUGGCAGGAGCAGGCAAUGCCCUCAUCUUGACUGAUGCUCGUUGCUUACCUGGCACUGAAGGAGGAGGUGUCUUUGCCAUGUCAGGAAUCGGUCCUCAUCUAGUUGGAAUAAUCGUAGCUCCACUUUGCUGGAAAUCCACUGAAUGGGUUGGCUUGACUCUGGUUUGUGCCAUUGACUCCAUUCUGGAGAGCGCUGGGAAAGUCCUUUCUGGGCCUCGUGGUUUUCUGAAACCUUGGCUGCUCCCCAUGGAACUUGUGACUAGAUCACAUAGUUUGAUGGUAGUCAGAAAUGGGCUGGACCGGCGACUAUUGGAUGCUGUGGUUCUGGUGGAAUGUGGACCAACCUGGGGGUCUGGGGUGAUGAUGAAUUCGAGGUUGUUGUUAACCUGUCGGCAUGUGGUCAAUGGAGCAUCAAAUGUCUGUAUAAGGUUUCUAACCAGUCCUAAAAAGGACUCUGUAGUGAAAGGAAAAGUAGUGUUUGCAACAAGGGACUCUUCUCCCUAUGAUAUUGCACUGGUGGAGUUGGAAGAAAGUUUAUCCGCAUUUCCGGAGCCUGUUCUAGCAUCAGCAUUUCAUCCAGGAGAAGAUGUGAGUAUUGUGGGCUUUGGUGUCUUCGGUCAGGCCUGUGGACCGUCUGUUACGUCGGGAAUCCUGUCAGCAGUGAUCACUGUGGAAGACAAGCCAGUGAUGCUGCAGGCAACCAGCGCGGUUCACAGUGGCUCAAGUGGAGGGGCCCUCUUUGCAACCCACAGUGGGAAACUUCUAGGGAUUGUUGCCAGCAACACAAGGGAUAACAGCGUUGGAGUGACAUACCCCCACCUAAACUUCAGCAUCCCCAUUACAGUCCUGCAAUCAGCCAUCUUGGAAUAUAUACACAACAGAAGCCUGCAUGGCUUUCAGGAACUAGACAGGGUAGGACAAAGAAUUCAGGUUAUCUGGAGGCUCCAAAGAGAAUCUAUGGAGGUUCCACUGAGCAAGCUAUGAGGAUUUUCACCGAAUGAAGAAGAGUAGAAGAAUAUUGUCUUCAUAUGUCCUGAGUGCACUGUGCUGGGCUAAAGUGCUUGUACUGCUGGGUAAUCAACUAAAUUUAUGGAAUUGUUUCGUAUAUUUGAGUAGCUUUCUUGGCUAGGCAUUUAGUUUGAUUUCAGCAACACCCACUUAGACUUCUUGCCCUAAUUUUCCAUUAUAUCCCUGCCAAUGUCUGUCUUGUUCAAGCAACCUGCUUAUCCCCUUAUGUACUACAUUUCUCCAUUGCUCCUUAUGCCUGGAAUUCUUUGUCAGAAUAUCUUCCUUCAAAUCCUUUGUGAAAACUCGCUUUUUCCAGAGAACUCCCUGGAACCCCAUAAUUUUCUUUCAUCCCAUUCCUAGAAAACACCUGUCAUUGAAAUUAAAGAUACAUAGACUGUGCCUUUCCCUUUUCUUCCCAUUGUUUUCCUCAAUAGUUGAAAUGUAGGUUAACUCUUAGAAGAACAGAUCUUUCCUCUUCUUUGUUAUGGUGCUAUAUAAAUAAACAAUAACAGAGAGUGGUUUGUCUUUUGUACUGAAUGGUACAUAGUAUCUUUCUCUGGCCACCAGAUAUUUAAGUAACCACUAUUUUAAAUACUCUCUUUUGCUUUGUUUGUUGAGCUUUUUUUUAAAAAAUAAAAAUCAUCUUCAGAGGUUUACAAAACAGGCCACUUGUCCAUAAAAUGGAGUUGCACAUUCGUUUCAUACAACACGCAGCAUCUUGGUUUGUUUCUGUCAUGAUGUACAAACCAGGCUCCUGUGGCUUGUUCAACAGAUUUUGAGCUUAGAAUUCCUGCAUUAGAAAUUCAGCUUCAGACUCUGAUUUUCUGUUUAAUAAUUUACUGAUGCUGUCUUUCUCCUUGCUCCCCUUAUUAACAUAAUCUUUUAACUGUGGAUGAACACUGCAGUUUUAGAAAUCUUGGCUUUUCUUAAUACUGGCUUUCUUUCCUCUGCCGCAUUUACAAUUUAGCAAUACCCAGCUAGGCAUGGGUUCUGCAUCAAAUCUGACUUCUACCCAUUAGCUGAAGCAGAAUAACCAAAGUAAUUGUUUGUCACAAUUAUGAAAAAUAAAUGUAAGUAUGGGGAACUGCUUGUCUUGAAGAAUUUAUGCAAAUAGUGUAUUCUCAUUUAUCUUGGUGUUUGGAUGCCAGUUUGGUGAAUCCAAAUUCCCUAGUCCUGCUAAGGGGAGAUUUUAUACAAAUGAGUUUAACCAUACAUAUCAUAAUUUAUAUCAGGAACUGAGUAUAAAAUGGACAUGGAUUUAGCUCGUAUUUAAGAUAGGCUUAUAGUUUUGGUUCCAUUAUGUUGGUUGGAAAGGAUUAUACAUUUAAAAGUGCACUCUCAGCCACGGAUAAAUAAACAUUGAUCAAAGUUGGAAUGCGGUCAACCUAAUUAUUUGUUAUUGCACUCUAUAAUAGAGAAACUCUUGAAGGUUUACACGCAUAUGGAAUGAGCUUUGCACCAAGCAGUGAAUAAACAAUAUUUGUGCAUGCUUAAAAUGAGGGGUAU